AUGGACGACGAAGCAGUACUGCGAGCCAGAAUCGCUGCGCUCGCUGGUCAAAUCGACGAGCGCAAACAUAUCGCUGCCCAACCACAUGCCUAUCAAGGCCCGCCUCACUUCCAAUCCACGCGAGGUCAUCACCGCUGGGCUCCAUAUGCGCGCGGCGGCCGCGCAGGCCUCCACAAACCGCACAAGAAUCGGACGCUCGUCAUCGCGGGUGCUCAAAACAACACGAUUGCGAGUCCAUGUGGCGAUACGAUCACCACACGUCCUCCUGUCGCGCCUUCGCCUGCAGAAGAUACAUUCAUCAGCACGCGCGGCGCGAAGGCGAACAAGCUAAUGACCAAGCAUAUCUUUGAGCGUGAACAAAAGCAGCGGCAACACUUCCAGGAAGCACAAUCUGAGAUUAAGCGUCCCAAGUUGGGUCGUGGCCCAUCUGAUGAUGCCCACGUAACCAAGCCUGCGACACAGCACCGCGAGCUUGAAAUCGAGGGCAUUCGAUUUCAGCUCAAAGACGACGGAAGCAAGCUUAUUCGGAUUCCCGACUCGGCCACUAUUGGAAAGGACACACCCAAAAGGGCCAAGGUUGCAGAUGUUAAAUUUCUGCGCACCAAGAACGGCAAUCUCAUCCGCGUAACAGCUCGACAAGCCGAUCACAGAUCCAAGACGCGCAUGCCGAAGGCGCAAUGCGAGAACUUUACGAAAUACGGUACCUGUACGUUCGGACCCUCAUGCAAGUUCUCCCACAACCCGACCAAGGUUGCCAUCUGCAAGGACUUCAUGCGCAACGGGACUUGCCAAGCCAGAAAGACAUGCGACCUGUCCCAUGAAUUGACGUAUCAUCGCGURCCGGCGUGCACUCAUUUCCUUCGUGGCAACUGCACCAACAAUGCAUGCCGCUAUCCCCAUGUCAACGUGUCCCCUACUGCUCGUGUUUGCCGUGCUUUCGCCACACUCGGUUACUGCGCCAAAGGCCCAGACUGUGACAAUCGUCAUGYAUUCGAGUGCCCAGACUAUGCCAAUCACGGUCGCUGUGCCGCCCUUGAGAAAAACUCCUGCUCGCUGCAGCAUAUCGACCGCGCUGGUGCAUUGCGUAAGGCCGAAAAACGACAAGGCAAGACAGUCCCCGAAGACGAUUCGGACAUGUCUAGCGACGAGGAAGAAGGACGAGAAAAGGGCUACAAGCAAGCGGCGUACGACAGCGAGUCUGAUGUCGAUACAGACAUUGAGAUGGAGUCGGGCGGCUUUGAGCAGCAAGAUUUCAUGGCACUCUCAUAG